CUCCUUGGUCUCGAAUGACGCAAGUGAUGUAAAGGUGAUCUGUGGUGUUUGAAUGAUUGCUGGUACUGAUGCCAGUGUCGUAUUGUGUGACAGGAAGUUAAGUGCAGGUUAAACGUUUAUUUCUUGGCUAUAUGUGUGUAAGUUUCUGUACCACACAAGUGAAUGACUGUGUUUUUAACUGAUAUUGUGAAAUAACAAUGCCACCCAAGCAGAGAAAGAUAGCGAUUAUGGGGUACAGGUCUGUUGGGAAAUCUUCCCUAAGCAUACAGUUCGUGGAAGGGCAGUUUGUCGAUUCAUACGACCCUACAAUUGAAAAUACUUUUACAAAAUCGACUCGUGUCAACAGUCAAGAAUAUGAACUUAAACUAGUGGAUACUGCUGGUCAAGAUGAAUAUUCUAUAUUUCCAGCACAAUAUUCAAUGGAUAUUCAUGGUUAUGUACUUGUGUAUUCAAUUGACUCUGCAAAAUCAUUUGAAGUUGUACAAAUAAUAUAUGACAAACUACUUGAUAUGACAGGAAAAGUCCAUGUUCCAAUUGUUUUGGUUGGAAAUAAAACUGAUCUGCACAUGGACCGAAUUGUAAGCAGUGAGGAAGGAAAGAGGUUGGCUGAUUCCUGGAAAGCUGCAUUCCUUGAGGCGUCAGCAAAACAGAAUGAGUCUGUUGCAGAUAUUUUUCACACGGCAUUGUUGGAAAUAGAAAAAGCCAAUGGCAAUGUACAAGAAAAAUCGAGUUGCACCAUUUCUUGAAAGAAGAUUAUUUUAGCUGAAGUUGCACAUAUAAUAUACAAAUGUUAUUUUUUGUUUCUUUUGAAUAACAUUUUUAUUGUAAUAUUGUGUUUUAUAGGAUUUAUUUGUACCAAUUUAUCAAUUAUAAUCAUGUGAUUAUAACCUCUCAAUAUGAUAUGUAUCUAAUGUGUAUAUUUUGUAUUUAGGGAUGGUAUAUGUUGAUUUAAUGUGUUGUACACUGAAAUUAUUUUAGAGAAAUUUGUAUAAAAGUUCAGUUUUAAUAGUAAUUUGGAAAAUAAUCUGUUAAAUAUUUUGCUUGUGUACAUAUGUGUAAAGGUUGAUCACUUACACAGAACUGACAGGUUAGCAAUAUCUUUAAGAUUUUGAAUGACACGUCCAGUGUUACUGUGUGAAUGAAACCAUUUAAACCAUGUAGUGCUACAGAAUUCUGAAUAAACUGUCAUAAUGGUUUA